CAGUUCCACCAAAAUGUUCUCAACAAUCGUAUCACUGAGUGCUCUCGUCCUGGUCCUCAACCAUGGACCUGCUUCAGCCCAACUCAUCAACCCAGAACCAACCGCGAACCUAACCCUCCCGAAACAAUCCAAGCUGUCCCCGAUGCCGUGGGACCGGUACGUGGUCAACUUCCAGCAGGCGACCUUCUUCGAGGCGUGGCAGUUCUGCCAAGCUGCGGGACUUCGACUGGCCACGGUGAAUUCCCCGGCGGACACGGACCUGCUGGAGAAGGCGCUCGCCGCGGCGAAAGCUCCCCAAAAGGGGGCGUUCUUCAUCGCUGGGACCAACUUGGGAGCGAAGGGAAGCUGGCUGUGGAUCAGUACCAAUAGGAAGGUCGGAACUCCGUAUGGGUACACCAGGUGGCACCCGGGACAGCCGGACAACUCUGGGAACAACGAGCAUUGUAUGGAGAUUUGGUACGUCAAUGGGGCGUUCUGGAACGACUAUCAGUGUGACAAGAAGCGCGGGUACAUUUGUGAGACAUUUAUUUGAGUGAUUUAACGUUGCAAUGUAGUUUAAAAAUAUUAAUACGAAAUAAUAAAAAUGUCAAAAAGUGAAGUGACUUCUGCAAGCUGUCAUUACCCGUUUCAGAUUACCGUGCAAAUUUCUCCCAUCUUGCCAUCAACACCAACGCUGUGAUUGUGUUUUAUCUCUCGGAGUCUAUUUUUAAACCCCUCAAAAUUACUAUCAUAAGUGAAUUUUCCACUCCAAUUAAAGCAUCGCGUAGCAUAGCUGUGAAGCAUCACGCCAGAUCAUGAAAAGAAAAGU